AUGUCGUUGCUCUUCAUUAACGGCCGUGACCCCAGCUCAGUUCGUUGCGUCAGCGGCGACUGGACGUCCUUGCCGUUACCUCUCUUCACGGAAAUCCUUCGCAAGCUUCUGGGCCUCGUACAGUACGACAACGAGGCAUGGAAGGUCCAUGAUGUCGUUAAGCAGCAGCAGGGAGAUGACGGGAUGGAGAGCUUGUACGGCGGGCACGGCAAUGCCUGGGGAGGCCUCGACGGCGGCGGCGGCGGUGGCGGCGGCAGUCGCCUGGGGGAUGUAGCCCAGGCGGGCCUUGUGUGUCGAGAUUGGUACCGGAUGUCGCGAAAUGGCCUCAUGGUGGUCCCCGGCCUUCAGCGGAACCCCUGGAUGGCCUUCCCGCACCUAACACACCUCGAUUUGAGCGGGACACGGGUUGCCGUACAGGAUGUCGUGGAGCUCCGCCGGCAGCAGGAGGCGCUGGUGGGAGUGGGGGGCCUCCGGGGAUUACGGAGCCUCAAGCUGCCGCUGGCGCUACUGGCGGCGGCGGCGCCGCCACCACUGCUGCCUCAGACAGCCGCCGCUGGCGGCGGCGCCGACUUUUUUCCUCCUCCUCCGUCCCGGGUGCUUCGACACCGCGGCACUCACCUUCUUUGGCCGCCAUGGCUACAGUGCCUUCCGUACCUUUCCGAGCUUUUCAUAUUUACGUAUUGUCGUACGGCACCGUACGGCGCAGCAGGCGAUCUGCAUGAGCAUCUAGACCCGCCUUAUUAUUCCGAUGAGGGUCAAUUCGACGCGAUCGUGUCGCGAUUCGACGGCAUUCGCAUCGAAGACCUGCCGCCGCUGCACGUGCUGACCUCCUUGAAGUUCCAACUUCCGGGAAGCGCGCACGUUGUGCCGCCGCAACCGCCGGCGGGGGGGCCCCCCGCCGCUGCCGCUGCCGCUGGCGGCGGCGGCGAUGAUGGCGGCGGGCUACCUUUAGAGGGCCUCCGCGCCCUCGCCGUCGCCGCCGGCUUCCCGAUCGACACCGACAAUGCAGUUCCCCCGGGGCAACAGCGUCUCCGACAUCCCAAUCCAGAUCCCCUGGCGCCGCCGCCGCCGCUGCCUCCGCUGGCGCCGUCGGCGGCGGCCUCGCUCCGUACAUCUCUACGGAGCUUGUCUCUAAGCGGGCGAUGUCUGAUGGCGGACCUCCUGGCGGCGGCAGGUUACCUGGCGGCGGUGACGCGGCUGAGCCUGGCGGGCUGCGAUGUACGACCCAGGGGACUGGCGGAAGGACUCCUGAGCCAGCGCCCCGCUGACGGUGGCGGCGGUGGUUGUGUCUGGGAACAGCUGUACGGCGCCGCGGCGGCAGUGCCGCCGGCGGCGUGGCGGUUGCGGCAACUCGACCUGGCGGGCUGUCGCUGGCUCUCCACGGUGCCGUUGUUUGCCGCCAGUAUCAGCAAGGUGUUGCUGGCGCUGAGCGGCUCCGGGGCGUCAGGGCUACAGCCGCAGCUACAGGUUCUCGAUCUGUCCUGCACGGGGGUCAGUCGCCUGCCGGAGGUGCUGCUACUGCCGCCGCCGCCGUCACCGCCGCCGCCGCGGCGGCGAAGCGCCGCCACAGCGAAUGAGCACCCAGGAGGCUUUAACGCGAACGAGUACGACGCAACUGCUGCCGACGCUGACGCCAUUGGCGGCGGCAUUGGCGGCUCCCUGAUUGAGUUGAACCUGUCUGGAAAUCUCUUACGGGAGCUCAGUCUGGUGGUUUCGGGGCCUAAUGCUCUGGUGCCGCUACGCCUGAGCGCUGAGGCGCUAUCGUCGUACAACCCAGCGGCGGAGCUGCGCCGGCUGCACGUCAGCCACUGCAGCCUGCCCGCUCUCAUCGCCAUCCUGCCGUACAUGCCUGUACUGGCAGAUCUGGUUGCAGUACGAGUCCCUGCGAACGUGCGCGGUGUGGUGGGCUCUAAGGCGGCGGCAGCGGCAGCGGCAGCGGCAGCGGCGGCGGUGGCCGCACCAGCCGCCGCCGGCUGCGGCGGCGACGAACGAACUUUCGUGGGCACAGGGGGCCGCCUGUACGACAUAUCCAGCGGACCAGAGUUGACGGAAGCACCGCCGCACCUGGACCUCAGUCGCAACCAACUGGACUCCCUGCCGUACCACCUCGUACGGCUAACUCGGCUGGCAUCAAUAAACGCGCACGACAACCCGGCGCUGUCGCCCGCGGCGGUAGGCGCGUUGCAGGAAAACAUGCCGGGCUUGGUGCGUGUACGGCAUGGCCCAAGUCAUGCCCGCGAUGGAAGCUGCGGCGGACAGCGCGACGGCGGCGUUGUACGGCAGGCUGCUAGGCACGAUCCGGCGACGGUGACGGCGACUGCGUCGGCGACUGCGGUGGCGGCGGAUUUUUGCGCUAGGAAGUGCCGGAAAGGCGCGGAUGGGGACCUAAGAGCCGAGGCGCAGUCGGGGGAUGAUGGGGGAGCCAUAGUCAUAGUCAUAGUCUGCGUGAUGAUGUGGUGCCGGUAG